AGAGGAGGUGGUGGUGGUGGAUGGAGAGGAGGUGGUGGAGGAUGGAGAGGAGGUUGGAGGAGUAGACCUUGGAGAGGAGGAUCGUCAGGUGGAGGAGGAGGAAGAGGUGGAGGAGGAUCGGGAAUCUAUAGCACUCAGAGAGUCCUUUGUCAGUCCACUCUAGAUGAUUUAUGUCCCUACAAAGGAUGGACGCUUUACUUCACUGACGGCUUCAUAGAGAGCUCACCCAGUGUUAAGAAGAUUAAAGUGUUUGAGAAAUAUUUCACAUCUAAGAUUCACCUUUAUGACAAGGAUGAGAUUGAGCGUCAGGGCAGUGUGCUAGUGGAUUAUGCAGACUUGAUUGGAGACAAGCGGGUGCGUGAAGCUCUUCCUGAACUAACCACAGAUCUGAAAGAACAACCGGAGAUCAUCCUCAGCUGUUUGGGAGUGGCCAUUCACCAGGUGUUGACUGUAGAUUUGGAGAAACAAGCUGCUGAGCUACAAGGGGAAGAGCUUCCUGUAGCUACACCGAUCAUCAACAUCCCUCACAUUAGCGCGAGGCUGUACAACUACGAACCGUUGACUCCAUUGCGGAUGUUGCGUGCCAGUGUGUACGGACUGCUGGUGUGCGUGAGGGGAACGGUGGUCAGAGUGAGCAAUAUCAGACCUCAGUGUACUAGGCUGGCCUUCACGUGCAUGACCUGCUCGAACACACUGUCUCUGGCGUUGCAGCAUGGGAAGUAUGCUGCACCCACCAAGUGUGGCCAGCCGGACUGUCGCGGUCGUUCCUUCACCCCCUGCCGGAGUUCUCCCCUCACACAGACUGUGGACUGGCAGAUCAUCAAGGUGCAGGAGAUGAUGGGCGGAGAGCAGAGGGAGGCUGGACGAAUCCCACGAACCGUGGAAUGUCACCUGACCUCUGACCUCUGCGACAGCUCCGUCCCUGGAGACACGGUUACCGUGACAGGGAUAGUAAGAGUUACCAACGAUUCUAACCAAGGCAGUUACAGGGGGAAUAAGGAUCAGUGUAUGUUCCUCCUCUACAUUGAUGCCACUUCAGUCAGCAACACUAAAGGUCAGCAGUCCAAAUCAGGAGGUCCGGGGUCAAGAGGGUCACUUGAAGAUCGUUCUGGGGGGGAAGAGUUCAGUCUGAAAGAGCUGUAUGCCAUCCAGGAGAUCCAGUCCCAGCCUGACCUGCUGAGACUUAUAGUGCACUCUUUGUGUCCUGUUAUCUACGGCCAUCUGGUGGUGAAAGCUGCUCUGGCCUUGAUAUUGUUUGGAGGCAGACAGAAACACGUAGAUAAGAACAGCGUCCCAGUCAGAGGAGACCCACACAUCCUGAUGGUGGGAGACCCCGGCAUGGGAAAGAGUCAGAUGUUACAGGCAGUGUGCAAUGUGGCUCCUAGAGGAAUCUAUGUAUGUGGCAACAGUACCAGCACCGCAGGAUUAACAGUGAGUUUAUCCCGAGAUUCGGGAACAGGGGAUUAUGCUCUGGAGGCUGGAGCCUUGGUGCUGGCUGACCAAGGUCUGUGCUGCAUUGACGAGUUUGAUAAGUCGGGCAACCAGCAGCAGGCUCUGUUAGAAGCCAUGGAGCAGCAGUCUGUAAGUCUGGCUAAGGCUGGAAUAGUUUCCUCUCUUCCUGCCAGAACCUCAGUCUUAGCUGCUGCAAACCCCGUCGGAGGACAUUACAACAGAGGCAAGACUGUCUCUGAGAAUCUGAAAAUGGGUUCAGCUUUACUCUCUCGCUUCGAUGUCGUCUUCCUCCUCCUGGACAUCCCAGACGAGUCACAUGACCGCCGCCUAUCAGAGCACGUCAUGGCAAACAGGGCAGGAAAAGGUAGAACCAGCAGCGCCACAGUAACCAGAAACAACAGUGAACUGGAGACCUCCAUCCUACUAGAACACUCAGACAUGCCGCUGUCUGAACGUUUGCAGAUCCCUGCAGGUGAAGUUGCCGACCCCAUUCCAGCAUGCUUGUUAAGGAAGUACAUCAGCUACGCUCGUCAGUACGUUCAUCCGUCGCUCUCUCCCGAAGCGGCGCAAAUCCUCCAGGACUUCUACCUGUCGCUGAGAUCUCAGGCGCACUCUGCUGACGCCACGCCCAUCACCACCCGACAACUGGAGUCUUUAAUUAGACUAACUGAGACAAGAGCAAGGCUGGAGCUCAGAGAAACAGCUACUAAGAGUGAUGCUGAGGAUGUGGUAGAGAUCAUGAAACACAGUCUAGCUGAUACAUAUUCAGAUGGUUUGGGCAAUCUGGACUUUGAGCGUUCUCAGCAUGGAUCAGGCAUGAGUCAGCGCGGCGCUGGAAAACGACUGGUCAACGCACUGCACGCACACGCUCAGAAGACCAACGAAACGCAGUUUGACCUGCAGACGCUUCGAGCUGUGGCCGACAAACUGAACAUAAAGGUGAUGGACUUUCAAGGUCUGGUGAGUUCUCUGAAUGAACAGGGUUUCCUGUUGAAGAAAGGACCCAAGCUGUACCAGCUGCAGACCAUCUGACCACUGACGACUACAACAGAGUCAGAAUACACACCUGUCUGCAGACCUCGCAGCAAGGUCAUAGCUGAGGAUCAACACACAGGGUAUCUCUCUAUAGAAAAGAAAUAAAACCUGAUGGGGAGCUCACUGUCCACACCACUGAGUGACGAAACCAGCGACCAGCAGGCUACACUGUGUCUUGCUGGAGAGGUAAUAGACUGUACAACCACAACAACACACAGGCUGCACAGAUUGUGUAACAACUACAGCCAUAAUGUUACAGUACUGUUGAAAUGGAUGUUAUUUAAUUACAUCAGUGAGUAGUUAAGUGAACAGUUGACUGUGAUAUUAGAUGUUUUUGAGUAAGAAAGUAAGAAUUGUUCUAAUAUAUCGACUUAUAUUAGCUUACUCCUGAUAUAUUGUAUCAGUGUCGGCAAAUAAGAAACAAGAAAUUGCAGUACGGAAAUGCCAAAUAUCUUUGUUGUAAGUCUUUGAAGAACAAAUGUAAGGGAUCCUAUCCAAAUAUGUGCAUUUAUGUAAAAAAAAAAAAUUAAAAAUGGGAUAUAUUGGGGGGUUUUUUGUUUGUUUUUCUAACUGAAAUAUUGAGUUAUUAGUAUCUCAAUAAUUCACUGUUGGUCAGGCUACAGUAUGUUCAUCCAAAAAGAUAAAAGUUUACAUUAUUUGUUUCUCAUUUCUGUCUGUGCACUUUCACAAAUGUUCUGUUUCAUCUACUGUUUGUUUACUUUUUGUAUGGAAUGCACUUUAUAAGUUAACACAAAAUUGUGUUAAUUGAGUUAAUAAAUCAUUUUAUUUUCCUGUAAA